AUGGCCGUCAUCUAUUUGGUCACAGAGCUAUGUUGUCUGACGGCUGCCACGUUGAGUUUUGUGUUCAAUGCAUACAUUAUUUACUGCUUUUGGAGAAAAAAGAUCCCAGCCGCUGACAAUUUACGCCUGGCUCUCUAUCUGGCUAUCGGGGAUUUCGGCUAUGCAGCAGCUGCCCUGAUCCAUAUCGGAUAUUUGGCAAUCAACUGGUCAAAUGAGUGGCUGGAUUACAAUCCGUAUAUAAUAAUUAUCUCAAAUUGUUUCCUACCGGCUAAUCUGAAAAUCAUUGUGGUCGUUAGUUGCUCAAUGGCGCUAGAUAGAUGUCUGGCAAUCUUCUUCCCUGUCGUGUACCGUCAACUGAGCAAGAGCUACUUUGCCAACUGUGCAAUGGCUUGUGGAUAUUGUUGGUUCACAUUUGAUUUUCUCUUCCAAUUACUCACAGCGCCACUCAAAAGAAUGCCAAAUUGCGCCACAAUGGCUUGUUUUGUACACCGAACUUUUCUGUUAUACGUCAGCUAUUCAAAUACUAUCGCGGGUCUUCUUAUAGUUGUAAUGAGCGUUUUCGUUUUUGCGGGCAUUCAAAAAAUCUCCCAGAGAAAAAGUCAGAUCGGCACUCAAACGACUACAGGUGUAAAAACGACAAGUGUAUUCCGGCAAGCCAAUCGGAUUACUGUAGGCAUUUUGUUCUGUUCUCUUUUCUUUGUCACAAUUCCGUCGUUGUUGGUGACGGGGUAUGAGGAGGUGACAGGGAUUUCGCUGUUCGCCGAACUUGGACCGUUUUAUAUUUGUGCGAUUUUGGUGAAUGGAUUCGCCGACGGUUUGGUCUUCGUGAUCGUCAAUCGAAAAUCAAUGGGAUCCCGUCAUCGAACGCUCUCAUCAACGGUGAGCACAGUGCAUACUCGCAACCGUGCAUCCCUUAUAAAUGGUCCACCAUCGCGUGUAGCAGAGUUCUAA